AUGAGAGGAGCCCGUUUAGGCGGCGUGACCUUUCAGACGCUCACGUGCGAUUCGGGUCCGUUCGGUGGCAGGGCCCACAGAUCCCAGGAGCAUUUUCUGGCCGAGCAGCGGGCCCGGGCCGCGCAGCAAUAUCUGGCCCGCGUCCAGGUGGAGAUGGUCUCCAUGCCGGCCUGCCCUAGCGGAACGAAUAGCGCUUUUGAUGUUAAGGAGAGUUACGUUGGGGAUGUCGUCUGGCAGAAAGCUGACGGAGAUGGUCGGCGUCGGUCCGGGCCUGCAACUCCGAUAUGCCCGCCGCCUUCGACGUCGGCGGCUCUACGUUCCAGCUUUUGGCAAAUCGAGAAGGGCGACAACAAUUUCUGGCUCGACUUGGUUUUUGACGUCUACGUCGCCCAGAUCCCUGUCUCAUCGGAUCUGCUCGAUGACCGCGCUUAUCUGAUGCUCGGCGGUUGUGAUCCCUUCGAGGCCUUGAUGACUAGCCGUCGACGGCCUGUCGUCCCACAUGCGUAUGAUGUCUGCUUCAAAUCUGGCCGCUAG